AUGGAGAAACCAGAACAACCCCCAACACCCGACCUCGAAGCCCCCAAUGUCCCGCCCAAAGAGUCCAGCCUCACCCAACGAUGGAAACAGAACCUAUCCCCCACACAUGCAGACCUAGUCUGUCUAAUGCUCACCUUCCUCACCGGUCUAUGCGAUAGCAGCGCCUACAAUGCCUGGUCCUGUUUCCUGGGCAUGCAAACAGGAAACACCAUCUUCCUCGGCCUGGGCGCCUCCAACCAACCCAACAACAAACCAUGGGGCUGGCUGAAAUCCUUCAUGUCAAUCGCGGCCUUCUUCUUCGGCGCAAUGAUCUUCUCGAUCGCAAUGCGCAGCGUCGGCUCCGUCCGUCGCGGAACCCUCUUCAUCUCAUUCAUGGUUCAGACAAUUCUCAUCGUCAUCGCUGUCGCCUUAAUCGAAGCCGAUCUCAUCCCCCACACCUCCGCCGACGCAGCCCUGGACGGCGGCGAGCUAUUCCUCGAAUUGAUCCCGAUCGCAUUGCUCGCUUUCCAGUCUGCGGGUGGAAUGACGUGCGCGCGUGCGUUGGGAUAUAAUGAGAUUCCGACUGUGGUUUUGACGAGUGUUUACUUUGAUAUUGCGUCUGAUCCGAAGCUUAUUGUUAAGCCGACUACGAAUGCUAAGCGCAAUCGUCGUGUUGGUGGCGUUGUUUCUUUGUUGGUUGGGGCUAUUGUUGGUGGUUGGUUGAGUCGGAGUAGUGGUGGUAUGCAGUCUGCGUUGUGGAUGGCUGCUGGGAUGAAGUUUGUUGCUGCCAUUGCGUGGUUGUUCUGGAAGGCUGCGCCCGCGAAAUAG